CUUUUGCUGUUCGUGAUGGAAGCAGGGCGGAAUCCAAUUGGCUGUCUUUGCAAGUUGCCCGGCAACAGGAGGAGACAAAAGGAAUAUUGCUCAUUCAGUAGGUUUUUGCUUAGUAACUUGCGGUCAAAGCUAAAUUCUGAACAGAUGCAUGGUAUUGCUUUUAUGACACUUCGUUUUUUGUGAUGUUUUUACAAUUCAAUUGAAUUUUGAAUUAAAUUUUGAUGUUGUAUUCUUGAUUUGCAAUAAGUGGGCUGGUAGGGCUCAGGGUAGGGCUUCCCAGAUUUCUCAGGUUUUCCAUCGCUGUUGGUUGGAUGCUGUCCAGACUGGUGGCGCCACUCAGAUCUUUGGUGGCGCGCUCAAUGACUACAUUUUCCGACACCUGCCGCGUGGCGGCGCUGCAGGUCACCUGCACCGACGACAAGGCGGCGAACCUGGCGCUGUGCUCCUCGCUGGUGGAGGAGGCGGCCGCCGGCGGCGCGCGGGUCGUCUUCCUGCCGGAGGCGUGCGACUACAUUGCGGCCAGCCGACAGCAGGUGGUGGCGCUGGCAGAGCCGCGCGACGGUCCCACGGUGGCCGCGUACCGCGCGCUGGCCGCCCGGCUCGGCGUCUGGCUGUCGGUCGGGGGGUUACACGAGGCCACCGAGCAGAGCCGCGUGCGUAACACCCACCUUCUGGUGUCCCCGGCCGGCCAGCUGGCCGCCUCCUACAGCAAGACACACCUGUUUGACGUGUCCGUGCCGGGCGGGGAGUCAGUCCGAGAGUCGGACUACGUCCGUCCGGGGGAGUCCCUGACGGCGCCCGUCCCCACCCCCGCCGGCCGGCUGGCAAUGCUCAUCUGCUACGACCUGCGCUUUCCCGAGGUGAGUCAGCUGCUGCGUCAUCAGGGCGCGGAGAUCCUCACCUAUCCGUCCGCGUUCACGGUGGCCACGGGCCGCGCGCACUGGGAACUGGUGCUGCGCGCCCGUGCCGUGGAGACCCAGUGCUAUGUGGUGGCCGCCGCACAGGUGGGGCGACACAACGAGAAGCGCGCCUCCUACGGCCACGCCAUGAUCGUGGACCCGUGGGGGCGCGUGCUGGCUGACGCCGGAGAGCGAGCCAACUGUGUGGUGUAUGCUGAUGUGUCGGCGGCUGAACUGGCGAGGGUGAGGGUCGGUAUGCCGGUGGCGACUCAGCGGCGAGUCGAUUUGUAUCCUGAGCUGAAUCCGGUCCCGCUGCCACCACUAGCGGACUCGGCUGCGAUCAACAGCGCUGCCGCAGUCUUCCCCGGAGAUAAGGAGAAGUUUAAGUUCGGUCAAGUGACGAUAGAUGGCGAUAUGGUGAUUUAUCGUUCCAAACUGUCCUACGCGUUCGUGAACAAGAAGUGCGUGGUUCCCGGUCACGUGCUGGUGGUUCCGCUGUCUGACCGUCUGCGGCUGGUUGACCUGACCCCUGCGGAGGUGGCUGACCUCUUCCAGGUCUCGCAGCUGGUGCAGCGCCUGGUGGAGAAGGUGCACCAGGCCACCUCAGCCACCGUGUGUGUGCAGGACGGACCGGCCGCCGGACAGACCAUUCGGCAUGUACAUGUGCACGUGAUGCCCCGCAAACCGGGCGACUUUGCGUUCAAUGAUGACGUGUAUGACGCUCUGUCGAAUCAUGACAAGGGUGCGCCGCAGUGGAGAGAGGAGGCGGAGAUGAGAGAGGAGUGUGUCAUGCUCAGAGAGGAGCUGCUCCGGCUGUGACAUCGGGGAGAGAUAUCGGACUGGACUGGCUGUCGGGUGUCAGGGUGAUGGCUCACUGUGUAUUUUGGUUUGUGAUGCGAUGACACGUCAGGUUUGUGUGUAAUUGUGAUGCGUUGAAGCUCAUGGAGCAGCCAAGCUGAAAUACGGGACUUGUAAAAUGGCGUUGCACCAGGGAAUUAGUUUCAUUUUAACGCCGUCGAUAAAUGCUGUGGACUGUAAUGUUUUGUGUGACUGGUUUAAUGCUGAUAAUUUUUAUGCCUCAAGUGACUUAAAAAAAAUGAUGGAGGUACUCAAGUGUGUUGUCUAUUGUAUGAAAGUGUUGUUAUGAAUCCUCCCCGGAUUAUUCCACAUCUUAUUUUAUACAUUUAGAUAAACAACUAAAUGGUGAAUUCGUUUUCUGAUCGUCAACCGUUUCAUUCGCAGAACUGCUCUGAUUGUACGAUGAGAUUAAGUCGAUGAACGUUGAACUGGUAUUGAAAAUGGAAACUUAACACUA